GUCAUGGAGGAAGGGCAGAUGGAUUUGGGCAGGCUGCUUCAAGCUGAGGCGGAUAUCACCUUGGGAGAGGUGCAAGUGCUGUGGAAGCAGAUGUUAGAGGCGGUGCAGGUCGUUCACAGCGAGCGUGUGGUGCACUCCGACCUGAAGCCUGGGAACUUCCUCCUCGUGAAGCAGAGCCUGAAGCUCAUCGACUUCGGCAUCGCAAAGAGGAUCGCAAGCAACACCACCAACAUUAGCCGCGAGUCUUCCGUGGGCACCAUUAGCUACAUGGCGCCAGAGGCUGUGAAGCAGGGCGCAGUGAAGAUGGGCCGACCUUCGGACAUCUGGUCCUUGGGAAUCAUCCUGUACCAGAUGGUUUACAUGAAGGCCCCGUUCGCCCACCUGGAUCCAAUGCAACGACUCUUUGCGUUGACAGCGACGCGCUCGGACCAGUUUGGAGAAGAGGGCUGGUAG